GAAGAAAAAGAGGAGCUAAAGCACUUUCAUUGGUCCCAUACCAUGUCUCCUCACUAGCCAUAGCCCCCUUGAUGUGAUCUUGAAAUAUUAUUUUUUCUUUUUCUUUUCUUUUUUUCCUUCAAUCUUCCACUCAAAUUUUGUUUUCUUCUCCCCCCAAAUUCCUUUGCAGCUUCACUCGCCCAAUAAUCAUGUCGAGCAACAAAGGAAAAGAUGUAGCAGAAGCAUCGUCUUCUUCUGCUAACAAUUCUGCUGCUGCUGCUGUCGACGAUCCUGAUCAGCAGCAGCAGAAGCAGCCACCGGCUCAGCUGAGCCGGUACGAGUCGCAAAAGAGGAGGGAUUGGAACACCUUCGGGCAGUACUUGAGGAACCAGAGACCCCCGGUGGCUCUUUCGCAGAGCAACUCCAGCCAUGUGCUCGAUUUCCUCAGGUACUUGGAUCAAUUUGGGAAGACCAAGGUGCACUUACAAGGGUGCGUCUUCUUUGGGCAGCCUGAACCUCCCGGACCUUGCACCUGUCCGCUCAGGCAAGCUUGGGGCAGCCUUGAUGCACUGAUCGGACGCCUCAGAGCUGCUUAUGAAGAGAAUGGUGGGUUGCCUGAAUCAAACCCAUUUGCAAGUGGAGCUAUAAGAGUGUAUCUGCGUGAAGUGAGAGACUCUCAGGCCAAGGCUAGAGGGAUUCCUUACAAGAAGAAGAAAAAGAAGAGGAAUCUGAUCAAGGCCAACCAUGAUCACAGUAGUAAUCCAAACUUCACCACCAUGCAGCAGCGAUCUUAAUCGAUCCACCUCAACAGUAUAUGGAGCAUAAACUCAAAUGCACCAUGAAGCAGCUAGCCUCGGAGCUCGAUCUACUGCUCGAUCUGGAUAUAUUGCAAUACUCAACUCCAUGCAUGCUGAUGCCACCUUUGAUCAAGUCGAUCCUUGUUUAUUUUCUUUAAAUUAGCACUUGUUUAUUUACUAUUUUAAUGAGAAUUAAAACGUGAAAUGUCGGUAAAGAUGAAGCUAGCUGCACUGGAGAUGAGUAAGUUCCCUCUACAACUUAAGCUUUCUUGUAGGCUAUUUAAUUAGUCAGCAAAUUAACGCCAUAUAUAUAUAUGGUUAAGUUUAAAUUUACUAUGAACAUGUAUCUUCAAGUCUCUCCAUUGAUGCAAGAAUUGUGCUUGAAUUGUUCUUGAUUCUGCAUUAAUAUAUAUACUAGCAGCUGGUAGAAGAAGUUAUCAUUGUUGAUAAUUGUGAGUUUUUAUGAGUAUAUAUAUCGGUAUAUUACAAAAAGACAAUAGUUCUUCAC